UGUCUAUGGCACUCCUACAGACCGCCACCCGCUCUGGUGGUGUCGGCCUCCCAAAUAUCAGACAGUACUACAGGGCAGCAAUUCUGUCCUCAGGUGUUCUUCUACAUGCUCCACCUAACACAACUCAAUGGGCGGACAUGGAAAGGGCACAAUUCUGUAAUCAAUCCCUACUUGAGCACCUAUGGACGCCCAAGCAAAUAAGACCGAGGCGACAAGCUCUCCUCCCAACCACCCAACUUACAAUAGCAAUGUGGGACGAAUUCAUGGGAGCAAAGGGUUACAACAACUCCUUCCACCCUAAAUCACCCAUCUCGACUCUCAGAGCAGUAGUACCAGAUAUCCCACUCCAAGACUGGCACUCCUUGACCCAGUUGAAAGAUAAA